UCAUACGUACACCAACAGGUCUGAUGUCUGAUUGUGUCUGAUCCUGAUUGAUCCUGAUCAGUGCUGCGGCUACUUUGUGCAAAAAUCUUAAUACAUAUUAAAUCAGUAAUGGAGGCAAUACUAUCAAAGUUGCUUGUAGCUGAUAAUGCGACGAUACAACAGGGUACUGCAGAACUUAGAGAAGCUUUCAAGAAACCAGAGAGUACACCAGCAUUGUGUCAGUUGAUCGUAUCAUCACCAAGUGCUGAGAUACGACAAUGUGCAGCUGUAUUGCUUAGGAAACGUUAUGGCAAAAAAGAACAUUGGUUAAAAUUACCUCAACCAAUACGCAGGGAUUUUAAAACAGUGAUUUUACAGGCAUUAGUUAAUGAACCAGAGAAGUUUGUUAAAAAUGCUAUUGCACAGUUAAUAGGUGUGGUUGUAAAACAUGAAUUACCUAAAAAUGAUUGGCCAGAGGUUUUACAGUUCACUCAACAAUUAAUUACUAGUGACAAUUUAGCUGAUAAAGAGUUAGGAACCUAUACUUUGUCAAUUAUGACAGAGGUUGCACCUGAGGCGUAUCAAACACAUGCUGGAUCAAUUGCAGCUCUUCUGGGCCAAACAUUGAACAGUUUACAAGAUUUAGGAAACCCAGUUGCAUAUUAUGUAUUACGAAUAAUGCAAAACCUUGUUCCUUUAGUUGAAAAUAAUCGUAUUAUGGUGAAUGCUUAUCAACAAAUGAUGCCCCAAGUAAUGGCCACAAUUCAAGCUCUUACCUCUACACACGAAGACAAAGCUAUUGAAUGUUUUGAAUUAAUAGAUGAACUAUGUGAAAAUGCAAAUUCUGUAAUAGCACCUCAUAUUAAACUCCUUGUCAGUAUGUGCCUUGCUAUUGCUGGUAACAAGUCAUUAGAUAAUGCCCUUAGAGUUAAAGCAGUUAUUGCUAUUGGCUGGCUAGCAAGGACAAAGAAAAAAGCCAUAAUAAAACAUAAACUUGUGGAGCCUAUUGUAGAUAUGUUGUUCAAUCUUAUGUCGACACGAUCGGAAGACGAUGAGGAUGAGGUUUACUUUACUGAUAACGAAGACAAUACACCAGUAACUUGUGCUACUCAAGUUUUGGAUUUACUUGCGCUUCAUUUACCGCCGGAAAAAUUAAUUCCUCAAUUGCUACGAUACAUUGAACCUAGUCUACAGGGAACUGAUGUAUAUGCGAAGAAAGCAUCAUAUUUAGCAAUGGCUUUAUUAGCAGAGGGAUGCUCAGAAUACAUCCGCUCUAAAUACCUUGAAUCUUUCCUGCGUUGCACUUGUCAAGGAAUUACCGAUUCUGUUCCCGUUGUCCGUAAUGCUGCUCUCUUUGCUCUCGGUCAGUUUUCUGAACAUUUGCAGCCAGACAUUUCUAAGUAUUCCUCAGAGCUAUUGCCUGUAUUAUUUGAAUAUCUCGGACAAAUAUGUGCUCAUAUUAAACAAGAGAAGAAAGCGCCACCAUCUGUCGACCGCAUGUUUUAUGCGUUGGAUAUGUUUUGUGAAAAUUUGAACGAAAGAAUUUUACCGUAUUUAUCAACACUGAUGGAUAGACUUUUAGAAAUUCUGAGCACCGAUACUCCGGUUCACGUUAGAGAACUUUCACUGAGCGCUAUCGGUUCAGCAGCCCUAGCCAGUAAAGAGCACAUGUUGCCAUACUUUGAAAGGGUCGUUUCCAUUUUGAAUAGUUAUCUUUCAGAAAAACAAACAGAGGAAACCAUGUGUCUUCAAAUACCAGCAGUUGAUACCCUCGGAGUUCUUGCGAGAACAAUCGGUGACGAGAAUUUUGCACCUCUGGCUGGUAGAUCUCUCAAUUUUGGAAUUAGCCUUCUAAAAGAAACGCAAGAUCCAGAUUUAAGAAAAUCCAUCUACGGUUUAUUUGCGUCGAUUAGUACUGUAAUGAAGAAAGAAAUGGCAUCCGCGUUGCCGGAAAUUAUUGAAAAUAUGAUAUUAAGUAUACAGAGUUCGGAAGGCAUAGUGCCUCACUAUAAAGACGACGAGAGUUCAGCUCUUCCGGUUUACGAGGAUCUUAUUGAAAGUGAAAACGAAAGUGAGGAAGAUAUUGAACACACCGAUAAUGAAGACGAUAACGAUGAUGUAGCAGGUUACAGUGUUGAAAAUGCAUACAUCGAUGAGAAGGAGGAAGCGAUUUUAGCUUUGAAAGAAAUUGCUGAAAAUACGGCAGAAGCUUUCCUGCCAUAUCUCGAGACGUCUUUCGAGGAAACGUUCAAAUUAAUUAAUUACCCUCAAGAAGAUAUUCGUAAAGCUGCCAUUGACGGUCUAUUACAAUUUUGUAUUAACUUCUCGAAAAUUAAUACCAACGAAGGAAAGGAAGCAUUAUUAAAAGCUCUCUCUGUGUAUAUACCAAAAUUGUCAGAAUUAAUACGACUAGAUGAUGAACGAAGUGUUGCGAUUAGUGGUUUGGAUGCUUGCACCGAACUGUUAAAGGAAAUAAAAGCAGAUGUUUUUGCUGGACCGGGACACAAAGAAGCUAUAAUGAAUUGUAUUCUGGAUGUUAUGCUAGGCAAAACACAGUGUCAGGAUCAAGAGGACGUAGACGAAGAUGAGACCGAAGCUGAACAAGAUAAAUUAUUAGUUGAAUGUGCGGGCGAUGUAUUGGUCAAUUUAGGAAAAAUAACCUCUCCGGAAGAGUUCUCGCUUUUCUUCCAAAGAGUGCAGCCAAAACUUUUAGAGAGACUGAAAAAGAAUAAAUCAGAAGCGCAGAGAUCUUUCGCGGUGGGAACCAUUGCCGAAUGUUUCGUAGGAUUGAAACACACUGCUCCAGUAAAUCAACUCCUUCCUAUACUAUUAAGACUCGCCGACGAUCCCAGCGACGAAGUUCGUAACAACGCGAUUUAUGGAAUCGGCGAACUCGCGUUCCAAGCUAAAGAUGCUGUUUUUCCACAUUAUACCGAUAUUUUGUCAGUCCUCUCCAAUGCGCUUGGCAAAGAAACUCACGCUGGUGCUCGUGAUAAUAUUGUCGGCGCGAUCGCGCGACUUAUCAUUACCAAUUAUUGGAAUCUGCCUUUAGACCAAGUAUUCCCAGUUUUUGUGAAGCAACUGCCGUUAAAGGAGGAUUUCGAGGAGAACAAGGUAGUCUUUGGGAGCAUAUUGACGUUGUAUCAAGCCGGCCAUUCCAUUUUGAAACCGCACAUGCAAAUGUUACUAAAGGUGGCGGUAAAUGUAUUAUACGAGGAAAGCGCCACCGAUGACGAGGCGAAGAAUUUAGUCCUAGAAUUCAUCAAAUCAGCCCAACGAGACUUUCCGAAUGAAUGGAGUUCCAUGUACGCCGAGCUCCCGAUAGAAAUCACGACAAAAGUUCAACAAACAUUUUCCUAGGCUUUGUCGCGGCUUAAAAUAACGAUCGUUAAUUGUUCCGAAUUAGAUGAGACAUCCAGACUGAUACGUGAAAAUAUUUCUUGUUGCGAAGAUGUAUCUCACUUUGUCUAUUAAGUUAUACGCAACGUACUGGGCUUUCCACGUCAGUUGAGCUAGAUCGCAAUCUCUUAUAUGUAUAUACAUAUAUAUUCUCUAUUUAAUAUUGAUCACGAAUUCAUAACAUCAAAUCUUCAAUAAGUGCAAUUAGUUAAAUAAACAAUGAAAUGGAACGUAAUACUUUGAAUCUUUUAGUCGUAAACCGUAGGUAAUAAGGUUUCUCGCUACAGAAGUAUGCAUUUCUUAUAUGUGUAUAGAGAUAUAUACAUGUAUAUACACUGAUUAAGCUGUUGAUACAUAUUGAAUUCUAGUCUACGAUUGGUUUUUUCUUUUCCAUUUUCUUUCCCCCAUUUCCAUUUUUGGAAGAACGCUUGAAUACUCAUUGUGUAAUUAAAUUGUUUGAACCAACGUAAUUGGUUACGUUAAAUUAUUCGUAAUAAAUCACGUAGAACGAUAAUUUCUGUAAUACUAAUGAUUGCACACGCCUUCACAAUAAGGCUCGAAAUAUAUCGUUAUUUAAAUGGCAGACAACCCAGUGGCCUGUCCCGUGUUUGUUUGUAAUUAAAACUGCUCGGCGUAUUAUGGAGCUUCUUACGUAUGCAUUGAACAUAAAAUGUACUAUUUGAAGAAAUAAAAGUGUUGCACUAUUAUCCCUUUUAUAAAA